AUGUCCCGCCCCGGCCCCAAGCCCGCCCUCGAUAGCCCCACCAUCAGCGAGCACCUCCUCGUCCACGAGCAGCUCCUCCGUCACCUCGUCAACAGUCUCGGAGCCAGCAGCACCACCAGCGAGGGCAGCUGCCUGAGCACCCUCCUGCACAAGCUGGACGAGCUCAACGCGCGCCGCCAGGGCCACUGCUGCUCCGUCUGCGCAAAGGCGUACAGCGACGCCAAGGGGCUGCGCCGGCACGUGCUGGGCGCGGCAGACAGCUACCAUCGCGAGCUGGCGGAUGCCCUCAUGGCGCUGUGCUGCGCGCGCUGUGGCAGGCGGUUCUCGAGGAGGGAGCAGGUCACGAAGCAUGAGGCUAAUUGUGGCAGGGCUGCGGGAGGGGUUUUGGCGGGGACGAAGAGGCCAUGGACGGAGAUGGAGGAGGGGGAGGGGGAGGGAGGGGAGGAGGAGGGGCGGGCUGGUACUACUAUUGCUGUUGCUCCUAUUGCUCCUAUUGCUCCUAUUGCUCCUGUCCCUGCUGCUACUACUGCUACUCUUCAACUUCCGCGUAUCAUGAUGUUUGCGCCGCCGUCGCCUUAUGCGGCGUACUUUACGAGAGCUGAUCUUAUGUAA